AGUAGUCAUGUGUCGCUGGCUUUAUGGAACUGCGUGCGAAUGCAAAUUAAAGAAAAAGCAGACUUUUCGUACAAAAAAGCAUAAUUGAUGAACUGACACAUAAUUUGUAGUGAGCAAAUAAAACAAGAAGAUGUACGUGAAAUAUUUUAUGUUUGCUAUGUUUCCCUGUAUAUUGAUACUUGCCAGAACUUGUUAUUUGAUAUUUAUGAAAAGCACUAAACCUAAAGAAAAGUCUUGUUCAAUUAAAACAAUGAUAAUAUUAGGAUCUGGUGGACACACAGCUGAAAUGUUGCGAAUUGUUAAAUAUUUAAACAUUAAGAAUUAUUCGCCCAGAGUAUAUAUUCAUGCUCAGACAGAUAAACUUAGUGCAGAAAAAGUUAGAGAUCUAGAAAAUGGUAAUAAAGAUUACAAAAUUGUGGAAAUUUAUAGAAGUCGUGAAGUUCGGCAGUCAUAUUUCACAUCAAUUUGGACUACUAUAUUUGCCACACUAAACUGUCUUCCAAUUUUAUGGAGAGAAAAUCCAGAGCUUAUUGUAUGCAAUGAAAAAUGGAUAAACACAUCAAUAACAAGAUUAGAAGCUUGUUUAGAUCGUACAUGGGAGAUAUUGAAUUCAGGUUACUGGAAAGAUGUUCCAAUAGAAUAUAGAUAUUGUUAUUCUUUAUGUGUUAUUGUAAAGGCUGCAUUAUUAGAACUUCAGUGGAAAGUAAAUGCUGAAAAUUAUGCUGAUAAAAAGAAGAAAACGAUCGUAUUAAAAAAUAUUAUUAGUCAAAUUGAUAGAGGCAUUCUAUUAGGCGCACCUCUUCUUAGUAUGCCAAAUUUAUUGACAACUAUUGCAACAAAGCUAAACAAUUACUGUGUUGAAGAAUCUGAUAUUAUAAAUAUGGAAGAUAUUUCAAUUGAUCAUGAAGGAACUAACUAUUUAAUUUCUAACUAUCCGGAUAGAUAUUUUGAACAACCUUCGAUGCAAACAUUUUACAAUAAAAUUUUUAUGCCAAAAUUACCGGCGGUAUUAACAGAUUGUAUGAAUCACUGGAAAGCACUAACGUUAUGGAAAAAUCCUAAUUAUUUGAAUAAGAUCGCAGGAUCUCGAACAGUACCGAUUGAAGUUGGAUCUUGUUAUACUGAGGAAGAUUGGACACAGCAUCUUGUCAAUUUUUCUGAAUUUUUACAAAAACAUAUUAUUGCAACUAAUAGCGAAGUUGGUUAUUUAGCACAACAUCAAUUGUUUGAACAGAUACCAGAGUUGAAAGAGGAUUUCGAAGUGCCGGAAUAUUGCUAUUUUUCGGAUAAUGAGGAAAAUGAUGCAGAAUCAUCAGAAGUUGAUAUUAAUGCCUGGUUUGGACCUGCUAAUACAGUGUCGCCUUUGCAUUUUGAUCCGAAAAAUAAUUUACUUUCUCAGGUAUUCGGUUACAAAAGAGUUAUUUUAUAUUCUCCAACUGAGACAAAUAAUUUGUAUCCUUAUGAUACUAAAUUACUUAAUAAUACUGCACAAGUAGAUCCUGUGAGACCAGAUUAUGACAAAUGGCCAAAUUUUCGUAAAGCUAGCGGCAUAACAUUUUAUUUAAAACCCGGAGAAAUGUUGUAUAUCCCACCAAAAUGGUGGCAUCACGUAACCGCUCUUACUCCGAGUUUUUCAAUCAGUUUCUGGUGGAAUUAAUGUUUAUUUUGUAUAAUAUUAUUUUGUAUAAUA